GCGCGCUGCUCGUAGCCCUAGUUCUCGAAAGAUACAAGUUAUAAAUAUUCUUGCAGAAUAGUAAACAAAUUAGUUUUAAGCAUGUCUCGCCAAUUAAGUUUUUGUCCACAGCAGGAAUAUGAACUUAUUGAAUAUCCUGGACGUGUGGUCAACACAGACCGCAUGUUGUCCACCUUAGGUGGCAUUGUCAACAUAUCGAAGGUCCUGGGUGAUGAGAAGAAACGCUUAGAGUUGCGUUUUCAUCCAGAGAAUCCAUAUAAUAAGCCCGCCUUCGGUGACUGCACAGACAAAUCCGGGGUUUUAUUGUCGGUAACCGUGCGACGACAUAAACGCGACAAGUCCCGUCCACCUCAACAUUUUGUCCGCGUCCUGGGCCAUUGCAGCCGAAGUUUCUCAUUCGAUUCGCUUUGUGAUUUCCAGUACCUGCCGCUAUGGAGCACGCCCAAAAGUGAAGACGCUGGCGCCGCAACAGAACUUAAAUACGCCCUCGAACAGUUGCAGCCACGCGAUGUUACAGAUUUGGAAUACUUCAGCCGCCCGCACCCGGAGUUGCUUUGUCUGCCAGAACUCUUUGCACGUGUUGACAUCGUGCAUAGUGGGCACUAUCGGAUGGAUGGCACUGGCGAUGGCCGUGAUGAAGUGCUUGGAGUGUCGGCGAAAUCCACCUAUGACAAUCACGAUGUCGUCUCCUUCAAUAUGCAGGAUACGUUUCCCACUCAGCCAGAUGGACAGAUUCAUAAGCGACUUAAAGUCAAAUAUGUAUCGGACGAGCAAUUCGCUCGCGUUAAAAAGCUAUUUGAUGAAAUUCCAAUUUGGACGCGUAUAGCGCUACUCUACGAAUCGGGCGUCACUAACGAAAAGCUCAAAUGCAUUAUACCCUCGCUAGCCUUUUACUUCAGCAAUGGCCCUUGGCGUACGCUGUAUGUGCGCUAUGGCUAUGAUCCACGCAAGGACUUCAAGAGUCGACAUUAUCAGACAUUUGAUUUUCGCUUACGGUUCGGCUCGGGCGUUUCGGAAUUCGUCUACUCCCGCAAAUCGGCAAAACAGAAGAGACCACCAACGACCGCCAACGAGGAGCUGAAAAGUGAAUUGGUCCAAAACAUAGAUUAUCCAUAUUUCGAUGAUAAAAAGCUUCCACGCUCUAGGCAGUGCAUGCUACGUUAUUGCGAUGUGCAACUGCCUAAAAUACAGGAAAUGCUGGAAAAGAUACCGACACCGUUAACAGGCGCUGUUUGCAAUGAACGAACCGGCUGGCUGCCACCUAGCUUUGAUGCACAGGUGAGACAGAUUGUGUGCGCCACAAUCAGUGACUUGUUGCGAAAUCAUUAUCGAAAAGAGCAUCUGACUGCCGAGGUGGAGGCUGUGCCCCAGGCCGAUGGCGAAGCCGAAGCCGAGGCUGACGCUGAGGCUGAAGACGAGGAAUAUUUUAUAGAAGACGAAGAGACUCUAGAGGAGGAUAUGGAUCUGGAUGAAACACCAAUUACCGAAAAUAUCGUCGAUAAGAACAUCGAACAGUUGCUUAACAAUAUUACAAACUAAUCUUAUGGAAUGCACAACGAUUUAAUCUGUGAUCUAUCAUAAUUUUACAAUAUACUUAAUAGAGU